AUGGUGAUGCUCCAUUCUAAAAACGUUAAAGGGUUUCUGGAAAACACUUUGAAACCGUAUGAUUUGCAUUCGGUAGACUUCAAGACAUCGUCUUUGCAAUCGUCUAUGAUUAUAACCGCCACUAAUGGGGGUAUACUGUCCUAUGCGACGUCAAACAACGAUGUACCGAAAAAUUCCAUAAACGAAAUAAACUCGGUCAAUAACUUGAAAAUGAUGAGCUUAUUGAUUAAGGAUAAGUGGUCAGAGGAUGAAAACGAUACUGAGGAACAGCACUCCAAUAGCUGUUACCCUGUGGAAAUCGACUCCUUUAAGACAAAAAUAUAUACUUACGAAAUGGAAGAUUUACAUACCUGUGUCGCACAGAUACCCAAUAGCGACCUUUUGCUAUUGUUCAUUGCGGAAGGUAGCUUCCCUUACGGACUACUGGUAAUUAAAAUUGAAAGAGCUAUGAGAGAGUUGACUGAUUUGUUUGGCUACAAGCUAGGUUGA